GAUGCCUUUCAUCCUUUGCAACCUCAUCACGGUGAUCUUGGGGAUUCUUCUCAGCAAUGAUAUUGGGCUGAUAAUCGCGAUCUUCAAGAACAUGGAGAAUUCAGUGACCUUCUACGAAGCCUUCGUUUACUUGCUGUUCUUGGUCUCCACUUUUGGUGCGAUUGUGGCGCAAGUGGUGGGCAGCAUCUAUGGCUACCUAGCUUAUCGAGAGAUCCGCGACGGUGGCAUCACGCGCGGUGGGGGCGGCGAGUGGGGCAACAGUUACCCAGAGGCCACGGAGUCCCGCGAGGUGCGGCCAGUGAAUCAGGCCAACAACUUUCAAGCCUUUCAGGGCAGCGGACAACGCUUGGGCGGCUGAGGGAGGCGGAUGCCGUGAGCUGGCCGGCGAGGUCUUCUUUUUGUGGAAGAAACAGGUGGGUUUUAGGAGAUGGGCCAUACCAG